AUGACGUACAAGAGCCUCACUGCCGACGCGCCCUUUUACGCGCUGAUGCCCGAGUACAGCAAUUUGCGCCAUGUCUACGUCAAGUGCUCGCCUCUGGGUUUCCUGCCAGAUUAUGCCUUCAAACCAGUGUGGCUCGUGACGCCCGUGCUCUCGGGCCGCACUCGCGAGUGCGCACGCCAAACACCACACGAUGCGCAUACCCACCAUCCAACGGAGGAUCGAAUUGCCGCGGAGUACCGGCCGUUUGCCACGAGCCAGAAGCAGGCCGAGUCGGGCGUCGGGACGUACCUUGGGUGGUACGUUUGCUUUGCCCACGUGGGCAAGUGGGCCUACGGUCUCGUUGUCGACUGCGUCUGGUCGACUUUGAAUGGCUACAACCUUUUGGCCAAGACGUGUCGCGGCAAUUGCUACGUCCCGGUCGAUGAUGCUACCUUGUGCGUGCUGACAAUGGCGGGCUACGCGCUGCGUCCGUUCGACGACCUUCCGGUCUCGUCGCACUACGUGGCCGAUGUCAAGACAGCGACAGAGUUGAUUGCACUCGACUUUGUGACUCGAGACCGCCAUGCGCCGCUCGACUUCUCGCAGCUGGUGUUGCCUUGCGCCCCAACGACUCCGCCCUCGGGCGACACGCUUCUUCCUUGCGUGUUCUCCGACGACACCAUUGAUGAGCUGACAGUUGACGGCGUACUCGACCAAGUGCACACGCACUACACCCAAUGCCAGUCGCACAACAUAUAUCUGACACGACUCACAUUCAACUUCAGAGACAUGCCGAUCAAGCUGUCAUCGAUGGCCCCUUUCGUACCACUCUACGAUAGCACCGAUUUGGCCAAUGUCGACGUCCCUGACCUUGGUGCAAUCCAAGCUGGCGCCACUUUCGACACGAGCACUCUCCGCCGCCUCUUUGAUGGGUUUGGCGAUUGCCCCUCGGUCGUCUACGUGCGCAAGGAGAUGCGCAUGGUGUGGGAUAUCUUGCUGGCCAACUUAUUGCCCACGAAGGCUUUGACAAAAGUCGAGGCCGCCGCCCUGCACGCUGUUCAAAAUGACACCAUCAAGCUCCACAGCCCCUGGCGCCUGCCAGACGCAGCGAGCAUGCGCAGUGCAGUGCUCGUGGGUUCACCAGGCGUCGGCAAGUCGGUGCUCCUCGUCCUCUUUUGCGCCUAUCUUGCGGUCAACCGCGACUACUACGUCUUCCUCUCGCGCGCGCUUCCCGGUGAACCCUCCUCUCCCGACGCCAUCGUCUGCUUCGGCUUCUGCCACGUCACCAAGCAAACCGACUACUUGCACCAAGAGAUCCUUGCGGUCUUUGACGCGUUCAAGCGCGAGGCCAUCUCUCGAGGCAAGAAGCUUUUCGUUGUCGGCGACGGGUACAACCAAGACGACUUUGACACGGUGGCGCCAUUGACGAGCAUCUUUGGGCCCAGCGACCUGCUCUCGGUCGCUACGUACAAGAAGCGCGCCGCGCGAUUGGUUGUGACAGUGCCGGCGUGGACCAAGGAGGCCCUCGAGGAGGUGGCAUCCGAAAACGACAACUGCCCACGGACGGUGGGCGAGCGCCACGCAGUGUCUGGCGGCGAUGUGCGCUCGUUUCCAGCACCCAAUGUCGUAUCCCCAAGUGCAACGCUUGAGGCGAUCGAAGGCGUAGUACGUGGCAGCGCGCCAGCCAUGUCUGUGGUUGCGCUGCAGCACGUGUACAUUGUCGACACGGCUUUCUACGAGCACUACGUGCACCCGAUCUACCGGCGGAUUCUUGUUUUCUUGUAA